AGAAAAGAGUCUCUCUCUCUCACACUAGAUGAAGAACAGAGUCUCUCCGGCGAAUUCGCCUGAGAGCUGUCGCGUGUAAAAUCUAAUGGGUCUUCCUUUGUUGACUUGUGGUACGACAAGAGUCGCUUUCUCCUCUUCUUCUUCGUCUUCGUCAUGGUUUAAGAGUAGUGAUCGUAGUUUUAGGCUUUACGAGUCUCCGGCGAGUUCGAGAUCGGAGCUGCGGAGGCGUAGCGGGAAGAGAAGCAGUCUUUCGUUAGAGAAGUCGAGGGGAGUUAAAGCGUCUUCGUCGGGACAGAGCAGCGGCGAAGUGAUCGACGACGGUGAUGCGGCGGCGUCGGCAAGAAGUAUAGCUGUGCCUUCGGGAGAUGUAACGUCGGUGGGAAGUUUCGGCGGCGGGGGGUUAGCUGGACCGUCGGGAGAGGUGACAUCCGUGGGAGAGUUUGUCGGUGGAAGCGGCGGAGAUUGGGAUAAGAUCGGUGCUGUUGUUAGGCUGAGUUACGGAAUCGGAAUAUACUGUGGAAUGGCGAUGGCGGGAAGGUUUAUAUGUGAAGUAGCAGGGAUAGAUUACACAGGAGGUUUUAAUGCUUCUUUAGAUGCUAUUAUUGCUGGUCUUGGUUACGCUUCUCCACCUAUCAUGGCUCUUCUCUUCAUUCUUGAUGAUGAAGUUGUGAAGGUGUCGCCGCACGCUCGUGCCAUUAGAGAUGUUGAAGAUGAGGAGCUUCGUGGCUUCUUCCAUGGAAUGUCAGCUUGGCAGUUUAUCUUAGUAGUUACUGCAAGUUCAGUUGGAGAGGAGCUCUUCUAUCGCGCUGCGUUUCAGGGUGCACUAGCUGAUAUAUUCCUAAGAGGCACAGAUCUCAUCUCAGAUCCUCGAGGAAUGGUCGCUUUGACUGGACUAUUGCCUCCGUUCGUACCGUUUGCUCAAGCGUUUGCAGCCGCUAUAACCGCCGCUCUCACUGGUUCUCUCUAUUACAUUGCUGCUUCACCUAAAGAUCCUACUUAUAUAAUGGCACCCGUCUUGAAAACUCCUUCUGCCCGUGACGAGCUCAAGAAGUUGUUUGCAGCGUGGUACGAGAGGAGACAGAUGAAGAAGAUCUACUCUCCUCUUCUUGAAGGGCUUUUGGGUCUCUACCUCGGCUUUGAAUGGAUUCAGACAAACAACCUUCUUGCUCCUAUCAUCACACAUGGCAUAUACUCGGCUGUUGUAUUGGGUAAUGGUCUCUGGAAGCUUCACCAUCACCAACAAAGACUACGCCUACGGGUACAUAAGCUUGAAGCUGAAGGUGACAACAACAGUACAAGAUAGAUUAAAAAAUAAAUGAAUAAAACACUACCCUUUUGUGUUUAAAGUUUUGUAAAUUGUCUUUUAUGUAUUGAACCUUCAUUGACUUGUACAAAUAGAAAGUAAAGUGUUUAGAACCAAAUAAGAGAGCAGCUACUUGAAGCUUUUA